CGCCCCAGCCUCGCCCGCGUGCCCCGAGGCGCCCCCCUCACCCCCGGCUCGCCUCGCCCGCCGCCGGUGCUCCGCGGCGCUGCCCAUGGCACAGCCCGAGAGCCGACUUCGGGCGCCGGACCGGCUGGACCGCGGCGCAGCUCAGUAAUUGGCGGCCCGCGACACCCAUGCGUCACUGACCAGGAGGCUCUCCCCGCGGCAGCGCUUCAUGACCCAGCGGCGCCCGGCGCAGUGAAGCCACCAUGGUGUCCAGCGUAGCCGCGCUGCUCCUGGGCGCGGUGCUGCUGGGCGCCCAGCUCCAGCUAGUGCCUUCCCGCCCCGGGGCCGAGCCCGGCCAGCCCGAGCUCCCGCGCAGGGCCGCCCCCCUCCAGGGCGACAGCCGGGCCGGCGCGGCCCCCAACGGCUCGGCGCAGCAGCUGCCGCAGACCAUCAUCAUCGGCGUGCGCAAGGGCGGCACGCGCGCGCUGCUGGAGAUGCUCAGCCUGCACCCCGACGUGGCGGCCGCCGAGAACGAGGUCCACUUCUUCGACUGGGAGGAGCACUACAGCCAAGGCCUGGGCUGGUACCUGGGCCAGAUGCCCUUCUCGUCCCCGCACCAGCUCACGGUGGAGAAGACCCCCGCGUACUUCACGUCGCCCAAAGUGCCUGAGCGCGUCCACAGCAUGAACCCGGGCAUCCGGCUGCUGCUCAUCCUGCGCGACCCGUCCGAGCGCGUGCUGUCCGACUACACCCAAGUGUUCUACAACCACGUGCAGAAGCGCAAGCCCUACCCGUCCAUCGAGGAGUUCCUGGUGCGCGACGGCCGGCUCAACGUGGGCUACAAGGCGCUCAACCGCAGCCUCUACCACGUGCACCUGCACAACUGGCUGCGCUUCUUCCCGCUGCGCCGCAUCCACAUCGUCGACGGCGACCGCCUCAUCAGGGACCCCUUCCCCGAGAUCCAGAAGGUCGAGCGGUUCCUGAAGCUGUCGCCGCAGAUCAACGCCUCGAACUUCUACUUUAACAAAACCAAGGGCUUUUACUGCCUGCGGGACAGCGGCCGGGACCGCUGUUUGCACGAGUCCAAAGGCCGGGCGCACCCCCAAGUGGACCCCAAACUCCUCAAUAAACUGCACGAAUAUUUUCACGAGCCAAAUAAGAAAUUCUUCGAGCUGGUCGGCAGGACAUUUGACUGGCACUGAUUUGCAAUAAGUUAGGCUCGGAAACUUUCCUGUUACAUUUCAGGCUCACACCUUCUUGACGUCAGCAGGUACUGGAGUGUGGAUUUUAACCCCCUACUGUAGACUCCGCAUGGACUAAGCAAUAUUAAGACUGGAGAAGUCGCUCGUACUCGCAAGAGGCUCCCCGUUACACAUCUGUCUCAGAGAGUGCUUGCAUCCAUCCCUUUCUGAUCUCAGCCAUGGGCAAAACCGAUACAAUAAAGGGGAUUAAACGUUUGACCUUCAGAAUGGGCUUGGGGCUGUGUGCUUUGCCCCACGUGGAAGGGGUCUCCGGAAACUCACUUAGAAAAGAGAAGUUGCAAAGUGUGUGUGUUCCCAUCUCGUAGAUGUUGUGAAGAGUCUGCUUCAUCUAUUUCCUGAAAGAUCAAUAUCCAUAUAUAGAUGCAUAUUCCGUAUGCACGGAGACAGAAAUAUGUGUAUGUUUUAAAACUCAACUCUGAAUUUGUAGUCCUGAAGUGGAAGGGAGAUUUAAAUACCCAAGGGUCAACAUUGCCCAAUAUAAAGGUGAUGUGUAAGAAAGAAGCCCUUGAACCUGAACCUAGGCCUGAUUUCACUUUCGCUUCUGCUUCUGAACAGCUCGCCUAUUGGACCUGAUCACACAAGCCCCCUGAGUCUCGGUUUUCUCAUACGUUCUUUAUUUAGUCAGCCUUUAACAGAAUUAAGUACAUGGCAUGUUUUUUCUUAU